AAACUGCCAUUUUGCAGAGGCCAAAAAAUUAUCACCUAGAGAGAGAAAAAAAAAAUACAUUCAAAUCGAAAAAUCACCUUUUUCUAGGGUUUGUUAAAAUUAGCUGCUCUGGAUUUCUUCUUUCUCUCUUCCGUGGCUUCCUUAGGUUAUGCCGUUUCACCUACAGGAUUUGGUAGAUUUCAAUUCCAGGGUAUUAAUAUUACUUAGGACAUGGAGCAAUUGUACCUUUGCUCAGUUCGCUUCGAGUGCCAAGCUUUUUCAUUCCAGGAAGUCCUUGAUUGGCGGUUCCUCAUCCGUGGAACUUUCCUUCUUGUUUCUUUUGUCAAUUGCACUUAGUGAACAGCUUCUAUUGAAUGAUCAGUACAGGAGGACAAAUGCGAAUUUUGUAUAAGCUAGGUGUUGGAUGUUUUGCUCAAUUCCAUAAGUAAGCUGCACCCACCUUGUUAUGAUGUCAGUUGUUACUGUACUGUUAACUACCUCGGCAAGUCUAUUGUUCCUAGUGCAUCACCAAUACAAAACCCAUUCUGGAUCGUUUGGAACCUUCCUCUGAGGACUAGAGUCAGCUGAUGUUUCUACGCAUCGUUGAGAGUUAGAUUGCAUUUUACCCACUUUUGUCUUAGUUUCUAAGAAUCUUCAUCAGGAUUCAGUUAACUGGAGUAUCAAUAUCAGAUUAGAGCGUAUUUGAAGCAAGGAGCUAGUGUACUUUUCAGAAACACUGUCAACUGGAUCUUGAGCUGAUAAUUCAUCCUUCUGAAUUGGGCUUGUUUCGGGUCUUAGUUGUGAAGUGAGAUCAACAUGCUCUUCAGCAUCUAUGUUUCCUUGCUUUCUCUGCCUUGUUAUUAUAGUGGAUUUGUUAGUGCGGUAUAUUUGAUGAAUAAGGCUGUCAAGCCCAUCCAUCUUAUCAGUACUGGUUUUGUUCUUGUCCGUACUGCAGCGGAAAACUGACGGUUGAUUUUGCUGAAUCAGCCAGGCUACUAGUUCCUAUUUAAUAAUUCUCUUUCCAGUCAACUAGUGAAGAGGAACAACUCCACGUUGUUUUUAUUGUCUUUAUAUCUCCAAUAACCGGGUGUCCUUUGUGCUACUGAACCUCCAAAAAAUGGAAAGGUACAAGAUAAUUAAGGAAGUUGGUAAUGGUACAUUUGGGAGUGUGUGGCGAGCUUUGAAUAAACAGACUGGUGAAGUGGUUGCAAUUAAAAAAAUGAAGAAGAAGUAUUAUUCCUGGGAAGAAUGCAUAAACUUGAGAGAAGUCAAGUCAUUGAGGAAAAUGAUCCAUCCAAAUAUCGUUAAGCUCAAAGAAGUGAUUAGGGAGAAUGACAUUUUGUACUUUGUGUUCGAAUACAUGGAGUGCAACUUAUAUCACCUUAUGAAGGACAGGCCUAAGCUUUUCUUAGAAUCAGAAGUGAGAAACUGGUGCUUCCAAAUAUUUCAAGGUCUUGCAUACAUGCAUCAACGAGGAUAUUUUCAUCGCGACCUUAAGCCAGAGAACUUGUUGGUUUCAAAAGAUACAAUAAAAAUUGCUGAUUUCGGUCUUGCUCGGGAGAUCAAUUCUCAGCCCCCAUAUACGGAAUAUGUCUCAACUCGCUGGUAUCGUGCCCCUGAAGUUCUUCUACAGUCACCAAUCUAUGGUCCCGCUGUCGAUAUGUGGGCAAUGGGUGCAAUAAUGGCUGAGCUAUUAACUCUUCGUCCUCUAUUCCCGGGUUCAAGUGAAGCAGAUGAGAUCUACAAAAUAUGCAGUGUUAUAGGUACUCCAUCAAAGAGUGAAUGGGCUCAUGGACACGAACUUGCAAAUUCUAUCAACUACCAGUUUCCACAGAUCGCUGGUGUAAAUCUUUCUUUGUUACUCCCAUCUGCCAGUGAGGAUGCAGUUAAUCUAAUCACUUCGCUUUGUUCGUGGGACCCUUGCAAGAGGCCAACAGCAGUCGAAGUUCUUCAGCACCGUUUCUUCCAGAGUUGCUUUUAUAUACCUCCAUCACUACGUUCUAAGGCUGCUGUUGCUAGGACUCCUCCAUCUGCUGGAAUGAAGGGUGCCGUGGAGCAGAAAACCAAUAGGUGGUCAUCUGGUACAAUAACCAACUCAAAACCUCGUAGCAACUUCUCUCCUGUCAAGUCGCAAUUUAGCCCAGGUGUCCAAAGGAAGUUGCAACUGAAUUAUCAGGACGCGACGAAGAAUGAUAAAUCCCUAAAAGGCUCUAUUAAGCAGCCAGCAAAAUAUCGUCCUCCUGCAAGGAAUGCUCCUGUUGUUGGUUCUGCGGUGAAGACUCGUGCAGUCUCUGAUGCUGCUGAGAAGCUUGCCAACAUGAGCAUUGGCUCUGGUAGGGCGCCUAUAAAGCAUCCAUUGCCUCAGCCUAUGAAGGCAGGAGGGUUGCAUCCAUUGCCUCAACCUAUGAAGGCAGGAGGGUUGCAUGGGCCGCGUGACGUGUUCCUGGGACGAUCUCAAGAUAUUAUGCCUGGAAGAAGCUAUUCGAGGAAAGUCGCAGGAUGAAGAGAUGGUCGGUCGUAUCCGGGGUGUGUUUUCUUGUGAUGGUGUUUUCUAGUAAUUGUGUUGUGUGCCUGACUACAUCUGGAUAAGUUUGGUGAGAAGCUGUUUAUGUAUGUUAUGCCAGUUUGUUUCCUUUCGGUGAUACAGUAGGAUGUUGGGAACUGUGUGUUAAAUAAACGUUGUGGUUGUGUUUGAAAUAGAUUUUUCUCUGACCAACAUUUGCUAUAAAUAAAUGGUGUGAUGGUGUUUUAAAUAGUAUUCUUUGACUUGUA